AGACGAAGAAUUUCUCUUGUCAUUGUCAAAUACACGAUUGCGGUCAUUGUGAGUGUGAUUGUGAGCUUUUAGGCUAAGUUUGUUAUUUACUGUAAAAGUUGAGUGAAGGAGGCAACUUUUAUUUAAGUAAAGCAGAAAAGGGACUAUGGCAGACGUCUUAGAUAUUAACGAUGUGGGAGAUAUCGACGUAGAAGACGAAGGAGACCAAAGCAUUAGCAGGUUGAAAGACAAAGUUGUCAAGAGGAAAGGUAGAGGAUUUGGACCCGGUGAGCCUCGCGAGCACGAGAAAGUGAGAGGCUAUGAGAGUGUUGAUCACGGAGAUGGGGAUGAACUAGGUCCCCAAAAAUCUGUCGAAGGCUGGAUUCUCUUCGUAACAUCAGUUCACGAAGAAGCCAGCGAAGACGAUUUGACAGAAAAGUUCUCGGAGUUCGGUCAGAUUAAAAAUAUCAGCAUUAACUUGGAUAGGAGAACAGGCUUUUUAAAAGGUUACGCGCUAAUCGAAUACAGCACAUACGAUGAAGCAGCAGCCGCUAGAGAAGCCCUAAACGGCUCAAGUUUGUUGGGGCAAACAGUUGGCGUGGAUUGGUGUUUCGUCAAAGGUGCAAAAAAGUCCAAGAGGAAGAGUCGCAGGCAUUAGAUCUAAGAGUAGGUCUCAUUUUGUAUUAACUUAAUUGGACGUAAUUAAUUCUAUUGGGAUUAUGUUUUAUAAAUAAACUUUCCAGAAUAAA